AUGAAGGCCGCACUCCAGCGCAAGUGGGAAAGCAUCGGGCGGCACGCCUUGCCCGUCCUGUCCGCCGCUCCCAGCGGCGGCCGGGCAACCUACGACCGCCUCUUGCAGGCCAUCGGCGACGCGCCCGUGGUCAUGAUCGGGGAGGCUUCGCACGGUACUCUGGACUUCUACCGCGAGCGGGCGAUCAUCACGCGCCGCUUGAUCGAGGAGAAGGGGUUCAGCUCCGUCAUCGUCGAGGCCGACUGGCCCGAUGCGUAUCGCAUCAACAGGUUCGUGCAGCACUACCCCACAACCAAGGACAAAACUGCACAAGACGCGCUGGGCGACUUUGAGCGCUUCCCGAAAUGGAUGUGGAGAAACACAGUGGAAUUCGUGGAGUGGAUGCGCGAAUACAACGCCAACCGCGACGUGAGGCAGCGGGCCGGCUUCUAUGGCAUGGACCUCUACUCCUUCAUCGCCUCGUCCAACGAGGUCCUCGAGUACCUGGAGAAGGUUGACCCUCAACUGGCCGAAGACGCGCGCGAAAACUACGAGUGCUUCCUCCAAUACGGCGACGAUCCCCACGCCUAUGCCCGCCACACGGCAUUCGGCAUGUCUCCCACCUGCGAGAAGGAAGUGCUGGAGACGCUGAAGAUGAUCCGCGCAAAGACCCAUGAGCGCAUGCGCAGGGACGGCUUCCUGGAACACGACGAAGACUUCUACGCCCAGCAGAACGCGGAGAUUGUGAAGGACGCUGAGGAGUACUACCGGGCGAGUGCCAUCGGUCGCGCGGACUCGUGGAACAUCCGCGACUCCCACAUGGUCAAGGCCAUCCACGACCUCAUCGGCCACCGCACCAAGCAGACCGGCGCACCCGCCAAGGUGGUCAUUUGGGCGCACAACAGUCAUCUGGGCGAUGCACGGGCCACGGACAUGGGCAGAAAGAGGCGCAAGCACAAUGUGGGCCAGCUGCUGCGCGAGCAGUGCGGAUUCAAUAACACAUUCAACAUCGGCUUCACCACCUACACCGGCACGGUGAGCGCCGCCAGCGGCUGGGGCAAGCCACUACAGAAGAAGAACGUGGUCCCGGGCAGGAAAGACAGCUGGGAAGGUGUGCUGCAUGAGGCGAGGCCCAACGGCUGGCACGACUUCAUGCUCAUCUUCAACCAGGUCAAGAAGGCCAGCGACAGCGAGGCCCGCCUGGGCCAGUGGUCCCACGUGCUGCAGGGCGCGCUGCGCAAGCACGAGGUCGACACGGAGCUCACCCGGCUGCUCAGCGACGAGUUGCUCGAGCGGUACAUCGGCGUCAUCUACCGCCCCGACACCGAGCUGCUGUCGCACUACUCCUCCUCGGCCCUGUCGCUCCAGUACGACGCCGUUAUCCACAUCGACCAGACCGAGGCCCUCCCGCCCAUCGACCCCCACCCGCACUUCCCUUCUUCCUCUUCCUCGUCAUCCUACGCCUAA